AUGCGUCUAACAACAACGGAAUUUCCCUGCACUGAUUCUGACAAGCACGACGUUGAAGGGAUGAAUCGAGGGCUUCUCUUCCGUCAGCUCUUCGAGAAGACCUCGUCGACGUACACCUACAUUCUGGGCUGCCAGAAGACGCGCGAGGCGAUUAUUAUCGAUCCGGUCAAAGAGACGGCGCCAAGGGAUGCAAAGUUGCUGAACGAGCUGGGCUUGUCGUUGCGAUGGGCGUUGAACACCCACGUCCACGCUGAUCACAUUACCGGGACCGGCGCGUUGAAGCAGCUCAUCCCUGGGGUCAAGUCCGUCAUCUCUAAGGCGGGCGGAGCACGGGCUGAUCAUCGGAUCGAGCACGGAGAUGUUAUUCAGUUCGGCGGUGAAGAAAUCGAAGUACGCGCGACUCCCGGGCAUACGAACAGCUGCGUCACCUACGUCCACCACGGCGGCCGCAUGGCUUUCACCGGCGACGCGCUGUUGAUUCGUGCUUGCGGGAGGACGGAUUUCCAGGAGGGCUGCCCGCAGCGUCUCUACAAAUCCGUCUGGGAACAAAUCCUGUCGCUGCCCGAGGAUUAUUCAAUUUUCGUCGGCCACAACUACGAGGGAAUCGAGCAGACCAGUGUUGCGGAAGAGAAAAAGUUCAACCCACGCCUAACAAAAAGCGAGGAGGAGUUUGUGCACAUUAUGAAGAAUCUGAACCUCUCCUACCCCAAGCAAAUUGAUCGCGCCCUGCCCGCCAACCUGGUCGACGGAGAGCUGGAGGAGAAGCACGAGGCCGAGGCGAAA